GCACCUCCUCAACACGACCGUCAAGAAUCUCACCUGGCGCGGUGUCACAGUAACAGUCAAAGAUCGGGAAACGAAGCAGCCGAAGACGAUUGUUGAUAAUGUCGAGGGAAUAGUGGAAGCUGGUUCGUCAAUUACCCUCGUGCAUUGGAUCAGCAUGAGAAACUAACAGUGGUUGAUUAAACGGGCGAGAUUUGCGCUCUCAUGGGACCUUCGGGGUGUGGAAAGACAACGCUAUUAAAUGUCCUAGCUCGACGACCCAGCAAUACGAGCAAUGUCGAAGCAAAGGUCCUCAUCAAUGGAAGCCGGCUUUCGAGAGCGGCGUUUCGGGACAUUUCUUGCUUCGUUGAGCAGGAGGAUGCGCUUAUUGGGUCUUUAACUGUUCGCGAGACGCUGGAGUUUUCUUCGCGACUAGCCAGCACAAGCUCCCUCUCCAAGCAAGAACGUCUCCUCCGUAUCAACGGCCUCCUCGAAUCCUUCGGCCUCGUCGACCAAGCCAACACCCUCAUAGGCACGCCCAUCCGCAAGGGCAUCUCUAGCGGUCAAAAGCGACGUGUAGGUAUCGCAAGCCAACUCAUCACUACCCCGAAACUUCUCUUCCUCGACGAGCCCACCAGCGGUCUUGACUCAGCGGCGAGUUGGGAGGUCGUCAACUACCUCCGCCAAGUCGCUAGGCGGAACAACCUGAUAGUCAUCUGCUCGAUCCAUCAGCCCUCGACGUCGACGUUUAAUUUGUUUGAUAAGUUAUUAUUGCUUUCUCGAGGGAAGACGCAUUACGUCGGACCUGUGAGCGAUGUAGCGACGCAUUACGAGGAAUUCGGUCAUACGGUUCCUCAGUACGUUAAUCCGGCUGAGUUCCUUCUGGAGCUGGUUAACGUCGAUUUCCAGCAAGACAAAGCCGCGGCAGCCCAGCGUCUCAAUGAUCUCCACGGUACCUGGCAAACCUCCCAUCGCGCGAAGGAUACCACGUCCGUCAUUAUGGCUGCUGAGCAGGAGGGCGGCCAGUUCGGAAACGAGGCGAUGGAUAAGAAACCCAGCAUGCCGAGUCUGACGCUUACGCUAUUGCAUCGGAGCUUCAUCAAGAGUUACCGCGACGCUGUGGCGUAUGGUAUUCGACUUGCCAUGUACCUUGGACUGGCUAUCCUGGUGGGAACAGUGUGGGUUCGCCUUGCCCCCGACCAGGAGUCCAUCCAGCCCUUCAUCAUCGCGCUCUUCUUCGGGUCUGCCUUCAUGUCCUUCAUGGCGGUCGCGUAUGUCCCAGCUUUCCUGGAAGAUCACCUGCAAUACGUCAAAGAGCAUCAGAGCGGUCUCUACGGCGCCGCGGAAUUCAUUCUUUCCAACUUUCUCAUCGGCGUGCCGUAUCUAUUCCUUAUCGCCGUCGUCUUCUCCGUCAUCUCGUACUGGCUGUGUAACUUCCACCCUACUGCUGAAGCGUUCUUCACUUGGAUUAUGUGGUUGUUCCUCGAUUUGCUGGCUGCUGAGUCCCUGGUGGUAUUCGUGGCCUCGUUGUUCCCCAGCUUCGUCAUUUCGCUGGCGCUCGUUGCCUUUGCGAAUGGCCUGUGGAUGUCCGUCAGCGGGUUCAUGAUCCCGCUCACGAUUCUCAACCCGUUUUACAAGUACGUCUUCUCCUACUGGGACUAUCAGAAGUAUGUCUUCGAGGGCAUGAUGAUCAAUGAGUUUUCCGAUCGGGUCUAUGACUGCGGUGAGGGCUGUCGGUGCAUGUACGACUCUCCCCUGGCAGACCGGUGCAAGAUUGAUGGCCAGGCGGUGCUGGAUCAGUAUGGAUAUGAGACGGGACAUACGGGCAGGGAUGUGGGUAUUAUGAUUUCUAUUAUCUUUGGCUAUCGAUUGGCGUCGUGGAUUGUGCUUAGGGUUAGGAAGUAGAUAGAUCGCCUAGGGGAUUGUUGGACGGUAUUCACGGAA